CCCUCCUUCUUCUUCUUCCGCCGCUCACGCACCCGUUCUCGCUCUCGCUGAUCGCUCUCGUCGUUCUCGCUUCUCGUUCUCUCGUCGCCCUCACUGUCCACUGCCGCCGGUGCACCAGGACACCCCUCUAUCCCCACCCCGCCAAAAAAAAAAAAACAAAAAAAAGGCGCAGACGUCCACUAACACCAAGCCCUUUGUUUUUUUUGGGGGGCGUUUCUAGGGCAGAAGGCAGAGAUGGACAACAAGGCUAAGAUUCUCGAGGCUUCCGCGAGGCACCCGAAGCCUGAAGGCAGAACGUACCAGUAUGGCACGGCUGGGGUAAAUCAUCGUGCCAACCAUUUUCCCGGUCGUCAGGAACCUGGGCUAACCGUCGUCGUCAGUUCCGCAUGAAGGCGUACGUCCCAAGGCGAUCCCCGAGAACGACGAAGCCGCUCCAAUGGCUCGUCGUUGAACCACCGGUCUGUUGUUUUUUGGCUAACGUACGGGUCGCAGCAAUCUUCUGGACUCCGUUGUCUUCCGCGUUGGUCUGCUGGCUUCGCUUCGGUCGAGGAAGCUGCUGGGCCAAACAAUCGGCGUUAUGAUCACCGCCAGUCAUAACCCGCCCGAGGACAACGGCGUGAAGCUUGUCGACCCCAUGGUCAGUAUCGUUUUUCUUAUUCUUCCUUGCUAAUGUCAUUCUUAAACUUCUCUCACUAGGGUGAGAUGCUGGAGCAAACCUGGGAAGGCCAUGCUACCACUCUCGCAAACGCCGACAACGACGCCCUUUACGACACGUACGCCAAGAUUGCCGAGCAGAUCAAGGUCAAUCCCAACGCCGAAGCCCGCAUCGUCUUCGCUCGCGACACCCGCGCGUCAGGCUCAACCCUCGUCGCCGCUCUCGUCGACGCCUUCCAAGCGACCGGCACCCAAUACACGGACUACAAGCUCCUCACGACCCCUCAACUGCACUACAUUGUGCGCUGCACCAACACGUACGACUCGGACUACUACUAUGGCGAGAUCAGCGAGGUUGGAUACUACGAGAAGAUGGCCAACGCGUUCAGGCGCGCGAUGCGAAACAGCAAGGCCAAGGGCCACGUCACCGUCGAUUGCGCAAACGGCGUUGGCGGACCGAAGCUUCGCGAGCUGAUCAAGUAUCUUCCUCCCGCUGAGGAAAGCGGUCUUGAGAUCAAGGUUGUCAACGACGACGUGGUCAACCCGGAAAGUUUGAACGUUCAGUGUGGAGCCGACUUCGUCAAGACUCAGCAACGUGCCCCUCCCUCCUCCAAAGCCGCCCCUCUUGAGCGCUGCGCGUCGCUGGACGGAGACGCCGAUCGUCUCGUCUAUUAUUACCUCGACAAGAACGGUACUUUCCACCUUCUAGAUGGCGAUCGCAUCGCCACGCUUGCUGCAUCUUUUAUUGCCGAACUUGCCAAGCAGUCCGGCCUCGCGGACAAGCUUAAGGUCGGCGUCGUCCAGACCGCCUACGCGAACGGUUCGUCCACGAAAUACAUCAAGGACCACCUCAAACUUCAAGUCGAAUGCACCAACACCGGAGUCAAGCACCUGCACCAUGAAGCAGCCCGUAUGGAUAUCGGCGUCUACUUCGAGGCCAACGGUCACGGCACCGUCCUCUUCUCCGACGCGGCGGCUGCCACUAUCAAGAAAGCGGAGCCCACUUCGACCGCGUCCUACGAGGCACUCGAAACGUUGCGUGCACUCCUCGACCUCAUCAACCAAGCCGUCGGCGAUGCGCUUUCCGACAUGUUGCUCGUCGAAGUCAUUCUCGCACACAAGAAGUGGACCUGCGACAACUGGCUUGCCACCUACUCGGAUUUGCCCAACCGUUUGGUUCGCGUCGAAGUGAAGGAUCGCAGCAUCUUCAAGGCUGUUGACGCCGAGCGCAAACUCGAGUCGCCCAAGGGCAUCCAGCGCGAAAUCGACGAACUGGUCGGCAAGUACAAGCAAGGUCGAGCCUUUGCCCGGGCCUCCGGCACCGAAGAUGCUAUGCGUGUCUAUGCUGAGGCAAGCACCCGCGGUGAGGCAGACGAUCUUGCCAACAAGGUUGCUGCGGUGGUCAAGAAAUAUGGAUCCGUUUGAAAAUCACGGCCGACGACGACAUGAAUGAUAAGAUACGGAGUUACGAGAAUCCUGAGCAUAAGGGGGAGGGCGUUGAAGAUUCAGCACAUCGACUGGGCGAGCAACUUUGUCAAUCAGUUUUUUUUUUCUUUAAAAAAAAUUAAAAAAUAAAAGAAAGAAAAAAAUGGAAGAUAUUAAUGAAAAAAAUAUGAUGAUGACGCAUUGCGAUUCGGUCAAGACAAAAGCACCAGAUCAAGCUCGUCCACGUGCGGGCAAUAUCACAUCCGUCAUGGUAUAAGCGAAAGAGCUCGGAGCGAAAUACGCCACGCCGAACCGGCAGUUUCUGCAGAUGUGCGUGAGAAACCGAGCUGGCGGGAAUUGGCGUUCAAAAAAGUGAUUUUUUUUUUCGACAAAGUGGGUUUGAUGAUUGCUCCUCCGGAGCCACUGUGUGAAAAAGGGGAUAUAAAAAAUGAACCAUACCAAACCAAAAAAUGUGACUGCCUUUGUCGCUGCAUGCCAACUUGUCAG